GUCAAAUUCAUCCGGAUUUUUUGCGAAAAGAUUGCUGGUGGUGCAGAACAGCAGAAAAAGUCGAUUUUUCCAUAUUUUCCGUCUGCAUAAUCCGAUCUGAAUAUGUCGGCCGUGAAGAUUUUCUCCCUGGCCAAGCAGACCAACCGCAUCAUCCGUCCGGCGAUGACGAUGGCCGGCCGUUCGUACACCAGUGCUGCGAAGGCAACCAGCAUCAAACCCCAGGAGUUCUAUUAUGUAAAUAAUGCUGAACAGAGCAUGGAGAUGACCGACAUAACGGACCGUGCCGCGCAGACCAUUUUCUGGACGGAACUGUUUCGUGGUGCCGCCGUCACGUUGGCGCACAUUUUCAAGGAGCCGGCCACCAUCAACUAUCCGUUCGAGAAGGGACCGUUGAGCCCGCGGUUCCGCGGUGAGCAUGCCCUGCGUCGUUAUCCCAGUGGCGAGGAACGGUGCAUUGCCUGCAAAUUGUGCGAGGCAAUCUGCCCGGCGCAAGCCAUCACCAUCGAGGCGGAAGAGCGAGCCGAUGGAAGCAGAAGGACGACCCGGUACGAUAUUGAUAUGACCAAGUGCAUCUACUGUGGAUUUUGUCAGGAAGCCUGUCCGGUCGAUGCCAUCGUCGAGGGGCCUAACUUUGAGUUCUCGACCGAAACGCACGAGGAGCUGCUGUACAACAAGGAAAAGCUGCUGUGCAACGGCGACAAGUGGGAAUCGGAAAUUGCGUCGAACAUUAAUGCCGACUAUCUGUACCGUUAAUGCGCCCAGGCGAUUAUUGUACAUUUCUGUGCAGCUGAGAGCUGCUCAUAGCAAACUAAAUGAAAACGAAACGUUGAAUUAAAAGAGUUAAACGAUAA